AUGAAGGUAUUAUUAAUAAUAAAGAUUAUAAUAGAUGAAGUUUAUUUUCAAAAUAAUCUACCCUCUUUUUUGUUCUGUUUAUGUUUCCUGCUUAAAUAACUCAACAUAAUUUUAACUAGCUGAAUUACCGUAACUUUAUUUUAUAGAAAAUGAAAGUUAUUAUUUAGAUUAAUCCAAAUUUCAAAUCCCUUUUUAAGAUAAAGAAGAUUUAUCUAGAAAACUUGAAAAUUUAUCCUCCAUAAAGUUAAUAGAAAAAUAAAAAGAAUUUAAUUUAGGUUUUGUUGAUAAUUCAACUCUAUUAACAUUGCUCAGACAUUAAUAAAAAUAUAUUGAUAUAUGUGCAUUGCAUAACGAAAUCAUCGAUUGUAAACUAAGGAUAAAUAAUACAUUAUAUAAUGAUGACAUAAUCGUAAAUGAAAUUACAUCUAAUAACUCAAUUAAUCUCCCUAGUAAAGACUGCUACAAUGCUUUUGUUAUUGAGGAUGAAUCAUUUCUUAUUCAUUGUCACAAUUCUAUCAAUUAAAUUUAAUAUUUUAUCAUAAACAACAAAAGUUAAAUAUUAGAUGAAAUCACAAUUGAUUAAUCCCUAGAUUGCAGAUUUUAAUCUAAAUUUCAAUUUAACAAAAUAUUUAUUUAUUCAAUAGAUUGUGAAGUAUCAAUACUUAUAUUAAUUGAAACAAUAAAUAAAGAUUCAAAAGUAUAGUUUAAUCAUAAUUUCAUAAAAUUGCAUGAAUAAGAUAACUAUCCAAAAUAAACCAAUUUAAUUGAUCUAAAAAUUUGCGAGUCCAAUUAAAUAUUUCUAAUUUACAAUAAUUCAAUGUUGUUGUUUAAUCUAAACAAUAAUAGGACUAUUACCUUCAAUUAUUAAUAUAAAAGAUGGCUUGGUUAUCUUGAAGAAUCAUGCUUUCCUUAUGUUUUAAAAGGAUAAUUUUCAACUAAGCAUAAUAUCGAUUAAAAUAAUCUUCUUUUAGAAAAGAAAUUAAUGAAAGAAUCAUUGCUUAAAAGAAUUCAAUAUUUUGAAAAUAUAUUCAUCUUUUAAUAUGAAAAUGAAGCUAAUUUAUUGUAUGAUGCAAUCUUAAAUUAAUAAAUUUCUAAUGUAAAACAGAUUAAUCAGUUAAACAAAUUAUCUUUUCUUGUGACUCUUGACAAGAAUAAUAAUAUUUCCAUCUAUAAACUUAUAUGCCUCACAAAAAUUAUCAAAUACUAAAAUUUUCCAUAUACUGCAAUAUUUUAGAAAAGCUUAUAUGGAUUUUAGAACAAUAUAGUCUUAUUAUACUGUCAAACCUCUUUUUAUUCUAUAGAAUUACCUUUUUAGAUACCAUAAUUAGCAAAUAUCCAGAUUACAUAAGAUUUUCUUCAUAAGAAUUCCUUCAGAGUCAAUAAAUCGUAAUUAAAUCAAAUUAUACCUACAUAUUUUGAUUUAAUAUAAGAUUUAGAUCAUAUUUUUAACGAAUAAAAUAAUGAAGCUAUAUUAACUUAUCAUAAAAAAUUACCAAUUAAAAAGAUCUUAAAAAUUAUUUCAGAUGAAAUGAACUUUUUCGUAAUUAUUUAUGAAGAUUAGAAUCAUAAAAUUUUUGUUCAUAUAAAGGGAGACAAUUUUUAAAGAAAUUUUAAUGUAAUGAAUACAACUAAUGAGAUAUCAGUAGAAUCUUUCAAAGUAGGCCUUGAUUCCAUAAUAAUAUUAUUUAUUAAAAUUAAUCAAAUAACUACCUAUAUGAUUUCCGAUAAAAAGGAUUUAAUAUACAAAGAUACUAUUAUGUCUAAAAUAAAAAUAAAAGAGUGCAAGGCUGAUCUAAAUGAAAUAAUCUGUCUCUUCUAUGAUAAUACUAUCGGAAUAUAUUCGACUAAUAUUUGGUCUGAAUAUUUCUAGACAUAAAAAAAAGAUCUUCAAGAUUUUUGGUUUAAAGUUAAAGAAAACAAAUUUGAAGAUUUUAGAGUACCAUACUUGUACAUUAACUACGAGAAUAAUUAUGUAGAAAUUAAACCGUUAAAACCUUAAUUAAAUAACAUCUUAAUAACAGUAACUGGUUAAAUACUUUACUCACAUAUAUUUGUACUUCAAAACAGAUUAUUGUUAAUCGUACAAAAUGAAGAUUUAAUCUAAUUACAGAAUUAUUACUUUGAAAUAAAUUAGAUAAACUUCCUUUAUAAAAUGUCAACAUAUGAAUUUCGAAUUUUAUAUCCUUUAAAAAUAAAAUUUUAUAGUAAAUUAUUCUGCAUUAUAACAACUAAAAAUGGAUAAGAUUAUUUAUUCAUUUAUGAUAUCACCUAACAAGCAAGAUCUUGCUUGAGAUAAAUUAUUAAAAUGUAUCCUAAUUACAACGAUUUUGAUCUGAUUGAUGAAACAGGCAUUUUGAGCCUACAUUUUCCAGAUAAAAUUAUUAUUAGUUAUCCAUUCAUUAUUAUCAGUAUCAAUUCAUUAAAAAAAUCUGAUUUAUCUAUAAUAGAAUCUGAAAUACAAUUUCAAGCCAAAUCCUAUAUAGAAUCCAUACCAUCAUUUUUUAGUAUCAAUUUUUAAUUGCCAAAUAUCGAUAAUAAUUUGAGAUAUAAAUUUAAUGCUGAAUAAUAAUAAAGGCUAUUUGUUAAUAGUUAAAAUGAAAUUACAAAUAUAGAUUCCAUCUACGGAAGCAUAAAUAGUUUAAAUUUAAGUAAUUGGUGUAAUGGAUUUAUAUAAUUACCUAUUAAAGUUUUAAAAACAUAAUAAUUGAGCUGCUCUCAAAUUAUAUAAAAAUUUUGUUUAAUUGAUUAGAAAAUAUUAAUUUACGAUUUUUUUGAUUCUAAUGGAACUAUCCUUUUACCAGUGAAUCAAAAAAUUUUAAAUAAUUUUAAUUCUUUCUAUCAGAUCAUUCCCAUAAUAUAUAAUGACUUUAGUGGUUAAAUUGCCUUUGUUAAUAUAUUGAAUAAUCAAUCAAUAGAAUAAAGUAUAAAUGAAACCAAAUUUUAUGAAGGAGUGAAUGUGAGUUUUAUUCAUUAUAAAUUUUAAUCUAUAAAUACUGAUAACAGUUUGAUUAUUUUAUAUAGUGAUAACAUGGUUUAAAUAUAUUCAUUAAUAGGAAAUGAAAAAAAUUUAUCUUAUUAAUUAGACUGUUAAAUACAUUUUGAAUAGAUGAUUUAAAUAGAAUAUUUGUNA